UCCGACCACACUUGGAUACCAAACUACCGCAGUUUCGUCCACCCAGCGAACUAAAAAAAUUUUCAUUGGGCUUUUGUCUUUUCCUUCAAAAAUCUCCGACCAAUCCUGAAAACGCCACUUAAAAUCUUUCAAAGUUUCGGUUUUCUUUUCCACAUUUACUUUUUUCAGGCGCAAAAUUAGAGGGCAGGGAAAGUUUCAGACAUGAGUGAGUUUGGUUGUUACAGUUGUGUGUUACUGGUAGUGGUGUUGGGGUUAAGCGCGGGAAGUUGUUACGGUUUCGGUACUUUCGGGUUCGAUGUCCAUCAUAGGUAUUCGGAUCCGGUUAAGGGAAUCCUGCCCGUUGAUGAGUUACCGGUGAAGGGAAGUCCGGAGUAUUACAGUGCUAUGGUUCACCGUGAUAAAACAAUCAAGGGCCGUCGAUUGGCAACGGCUAAUGAUCAGACGCCUGUUACGUUUCUCGAUGGAAACGAGACUUAUCGAUUGGAUUCAUUGGGAUUUUUGUAUUACGCAAAUGUAUCGGUCGGGACGCCGGCUUUGUCGUUUUUGGUGGCAUUAGACACCGGCAGCGAUCUCUUCUGGUUGCCAUGCGAUUGUUCCAGUUGCGUGCAAGGCUUAAGGACAUCCAAUGGCCGGAAAAUAGACUUUAAUAUCUACAGCCCUAAUACGUCGUCUACAAGCUCCAAGGUUCCCUGUAACAGUGCUAUGUGUGAACAACAAAAAAGAUGUUCUUCAUCUCAAAGUAAUUGUCCUUAUCAAGUUCUCUAUCUGUCCAAUGGCACUUCAUCUACUGGGCUCUUGGUGGAGGAUAUAUUGCAUUUAGCUACGGAUGAUGAUGAAACCAAAGCUGUUGAAGCCAAGAUUACUUUUGGUUGUGGGCAGGUUCUGACUGGAUCAUUCUUAAAUGGUGCAGCUCCUAAUGGUCUUUUUGGGCUUGGUAUGGACAGUAUAUCUGUUCCUAGCAUAUUAGCAAAAGAAAAUCUUGCUUCAAAUUCUUUUUCUAUGUGUUUUGGACAUGAUGGGGUUGGAAGAAUCACUUUUGGAGAUAAUGGCAGCUCAGAUCAAGGAGAAACACCAUUUAAUAUCAGGCAAUCACACCCUACUUACAAUGUCAGCAUCACUCAAAUAAACGUGGGAGGAAAUGCCAGGGAUCUUGAUUUCAAUGCAAUUUUUGACUCCGGUACCUCAUUUACAUAUUUGAAUGACCCAGCUUAUACACUUGUUUCUGAGAGUUUCAACACUUUGGCCAUAGAGAAGCGGUAUACAUCUAAUUCUUCCGACCUUCCCUUUGAAUAUUGUUAUGAGCUAAGUGCAAAACAAACCAGCUUUAAUUACCCUGUAGUGAAUCUGACAAUGAAAGGUGGAGAUCAGUUUUUUGUUAAUGAUCCAAUAGUAGUGAUUCCCAUGCAGGGUGGAGCUGUAUAUUGUUUGGGUGUUGUGAAAAGUGACAAUGUGAAUAUCAUUGGACAAAAUUUCAUGACUGGUUAUCGUAUACUCUUUGAUCGUGAGAAGAUGGUACUGGGCUGGAAAGCAUCUGACUGUUAUGAUAUUGAGGCCUAUAACACUUUACCUGUCAAGCCAGCGACUGCAGUCUCUCCUGCUAUUGCUGUCAACCCUCAAGCCACAGCAGGGAAUGGUAAUAAUUCUGAAAUUUCAGGGGCAUCACCACCCAUGACAAAUCGAUCACCCCAGCUUAAUACUUUGACUUGUGCACUCAUAAUUGCUCUCAUUCCAUUUUUUUCCCUGAUUUAAUCCUAUUCUUUACUUCCAGAGACCCACC